AUCAAUGGGGGCCCCAUGGAGGUCAGGCCCCCUGAGCACCUGCAUGCUCGGCUAAGAUUACAAACAUUUUAGAUAACUGGCUAGACUAACUUACCAAUCUAAAAAUUGUUAGCUGAGAUGGCUAAUUGAGUGACUGACAUUGACUGACAAAACGAGAAAAACUGCGGAUUUUUUAAUUUUUUUAAAAUAAAUUCAACCUUGCACUUUGUGUAUUCUACUAUUCUAACUCUCAACAGAAAGUUAUUUUUUGGGUCGGGGGCCCUAAGCGACCGCUUAUAUCGCUUAUGCCUGGAGCCGGCACUGCUUAACAUGAAAAAGAGAGGGAUGUUCUAAGCAGAGUUGGUUUAAACCUGGUUGCCCCAUUACGGUAUGUCAUUGGGCUUUACCCAGGCCUCUUUCUGUCUUGUUAUUGAUUCUCUCGCUCUCUCUCUCUCCCACAUACCUUUAUUACCUCCAGACACCCCACCCAAACCCCAACUAACCCCUAUUGGCAGCAUCACAGAGGGGGAGCUGGUUAGACUGAGCUGCUCUGCCUCUGCCCCCUGCCCUACGUUCCCGCCCUCUCUGACCUGGACCUCUGGGCUGGGUGGCAGUGUUGAGAGCCAGCUACAGGAGGGUAUAGAUGGGCUCAUGACCAUGACCUCCACCCUUACCUUUACCGCCUCCCUCCUCCAUCACGGGCUGAUGGUCAAAUGUUCUGCCCGCUACACGCUGCAGCCAGGGGGCACCACCAAGACGACUCUGGGGAACCUGACCCUCAAUGUUCUGUAUGCACCUAAAAACACUGUAGCCCUGUCCAGCCCAUCUGGGCCUGUGCCCGACGGGAGGGCAGUGACCCUGACCUGUCAGAGUGAUGCCAACCCACCAGUGGAGCGCUACUCCUGGUACAAAGACAUCAGUGGGCAGGUGACGUGGAAGGCUAAUGGGCAGACACUAGUCCUCCUGGUCAGCAAGGCAGACAGCGGGCUGUACUUCUGUGAGGCCCACAAUGAGAAGGGAUCACAAAGGUCAAAGGUCAUGCCUCUGGAGUUCAAAAGUGACCAAUGUUCCGUGAUGGUCCCCUACAUCAUCUGUGGAGUGAUGGUGUUGCUCUAUGUUCUAACCGUCACCGUGGAUGUGUAUAAAUAUAAAAGUCUGUCCAGAAGACUGAAAGUAAGAGGAACAUUUUCAUAAUAUUCUGUUUAAUUAACUGAGCAAUUUUAAGGCAUUGGAUGACGCAGUAUGAUACGAUAGAGACAAACGUGUUUCUAUGUCAAAGCUUUAACAAUUCUCUUUAUGACUAUUACACAUCUUGAAUCUUUCACCAAAUUCACGGUGGUUUUGUAUAAAACGUGCAACACUAAUGCUCCUAUUACAUUUGAUAUGGUAUUGAUACCUCUGAGACUGAUAGUCUGUUGGAUCAGAUAUAACUCCUCCGUUUAAAUACAAUUAUUUCUCCUCAAUAUUCCAGCAGCAGCUAGAGCUGUCGGAGAAAGGAGACAACACGUACACUACCCUAACGGUCGCCAGCAUCAGCUCUGACUAUGACCAACUCCAGAUGACCAGGGCUGCCCGAGGUGAAGCUCACCCUAGCAGAAGAAGUGAAAGAGCUGCUCCUUGAAACCACAUGGCAAAACAGAUCCAGAUUUGACCUUUGCAUUUGAACUUUGUUGUAUGGAAAAUGUUCAUCUUGUUAUUUUUCUUCAGAUCAUACUGUAUAUUUCUGUCACAAAAUACAUGAUAUUAUAUAUUUUAACCUGAUGCCUCGAUUUUAUAUACCUGUCAGCAACAGAUGUGGCUGAAAAAGCCGAAUCCACUAAUUUGAAGGGUUGUCCACAUACUUCUGACCAUGUAGUGCAGUACUAAAUUGUAGUUGAAUGUUUUUGGUUUGUGGUUCAGCAUCAUCAGUGUAUUUCUGUCUUCUUCUCUGUAGAUGAUGUUAAACCAUGCAGGGGGUUGUGGUUUGUGUCAGUCAGGAUUAUAAUGGGCAUAAUCAGUCGAAUAAAUCUCUUAAUGCCA